AUGAUUGCAAAGAAACUUGUGCGGCAGAUUUAUGAUGAAGAGGAGCCUUCUCAUGCCUUUGAUGGAGCCCCGAAGACAGUCUGGAUUAAUAAGGUUGUGCGCGAGGUCUCGAGAGCUCGCGGAGUGGCAUCUGGUACUGUUCCCAGUCAACGAGAGGACAAGCUGGAUCAGGAGCGCCCGAAACUUAACAGGCGACUGGAGCGGGGACAGGCUGGGACAGCAGCUCAGAUUCCCGCUGCCAAUAAUAAAAAUUUCAGGCGAAGCAUCCCCCGUGGCUUCCCCGUCGCGAAAUCGCCGCGACUUCGGGCUGGGAAGGGUAACCUGCGUGAGAUGCAGUCCCAAUCGAAUCGACAUGUGAGGGGGGAUGCUGGCCGAGCUCGUGCGGCUGAACCCUGCAACGGGAAGAAGAACCGAGCGGGGAUGAUGCAGGGUGAGACUCACUCUCGGGUGGUGAAGGAGGGGGUGGCUGACUCUUGGAGGAGAAGGCUGAUCCUCGAGGAGGAUUUUGAUGAUGAUUUCGUUUUUAAAAAUAUGGCUGGGCAAAAAAAGAAGAACGUAGCCGUGGUGGAGAGUAAUGUGAACGUGAGCCCCCCCCCCCCCCCCCCCCCUCCCAUGCAGUCACGUCCGCCUCCAAAUGUGUUGAUUUCUGGUGAGGCGGUUGCGUCGGAUGCCAUGCAUACUGGGAAGGUGGCGGUUGGGUUUCGACCGACCAAGGAAAAGGCGGUGAAGCCUCAGAAGCGCUUGUCUAAAAGUAAAGAUGUGGAUGCAAAGCGGGUGGCUAAACUAAAGGGACAAUGCGUGGCUCCUUCUCCCCAUGACACCAAGCUGCCAUUUGCCGCUGAUUUUAAUAAUGAGAGGCUCCUUCUCCCCGGAUGA